AUGGCUGUUUCAAAAGUAGUCACUUAUAAUCCUACUGAAGUGAUAAAUAUCGAUUGGGUCGUUGAACAUUUUGAAAUGUUGGGCGAUGUUAUUCACAGUCCUGUUAUCUAUCCUAUUCCAAAUUGCGGUGAAAAAUGGCGCCUCGUGUUAAAAUUCAGCAGUGAUGACAAAAGAAAAGACCUUAUUAGAUCAAAAGCUGAAGUAUUUUUAUUGAAAGAGCAGUCUUGCAUCGAAAAAUGCUAUGUUAAGUUAACUAUGCAUAUUAAGAACUAUUUCUCAAUGGUUAAUAACCCUUUAUUACCUGUGAGCAUUGGUAAAGAAGAGUGUUAUUUGUUGCAGACUUAUGUUUCUGAUUAUGUUUCUAGAAUUUUUUCUUCUCCUUAUAAAGAUUUAAAUAUAAACGCAGAACUCAUAGUAUCAGGAUAUCGUGUGAAUUACAGUGCGAGUCCUCGACCUGUAUUUGAAAUGGAAGGCAAUUGCCAGGAACUUUCGAGCGAUUUGGAACGUUUGUACGAAGAUCAUGCUACUAAGGAUGUAACAUUUCUAGUGAAAGGACAAAAAUUGUUUGCUCACUCGGCUAUAAUCCGAUGCCGAUCCCUUGUCCUAGCCAAGAUGCUUGAUCAAGAUAUGCUAGAAAGAAGAACCCGAUGUGUCCUCAUUACAGACGCCAGUUUCCAGGAUUUUGAUUACUUUCUUAGGUACCUCUACACUGCGAAGUUGAAAAUUAAAACUUGGAACACUAUGUUUAGCUUGUAUUCUUUGGCAGACAAAUAUAAUGUAUCUGCUUUGAAGACAAUCUGUUCCCAGUGGUUGGGUAUGAAUUUGAAAGCGGAUACCGUAAGCAACUGUCUGGCACUUGCUGACUUGCAUGAAGAUACGGAAUUAAAACAAGUUUCGAAACAAUUCAUUCGGGACAAUUUAAAUGAUGUUCUUAAAACUUCGGAGUGGAAAUACCUGGUGUCAACCCAACCUCAACUUGCCUCUGAAACGCUUUGUUUUGCGACGUCUUAUGAAGGUACCCGUUCGUGUAUAUUAAAAAGUCCGUAA